AUGGAUGAAGAAACCCUUGAGGCAGCCAUCAGCUCCUAUGGCGCCCAGCUGCAGCAGGUGGAGGCAGCCCUGUCAGCUGGCCUGGACCCUUCCCAUCAGUCAGACCUGCUCAAGCUGAAAGACGACCUCCGUCAGCUCAUAGAGCUCACCGAGUCCAGCCUGGUGUCUGUCAAGAAGAGUCAGCUCCUGGCCAGCCUCGAGGAGGGUCAUGGACUGCAGGCAAACACCUCCGAGGCGGCACGCGCUGACACAAACGGUGCAAACGGUGGUUUGGACGGCGAGAUGGCGGCUUUCUACUCCAAACUCGGGGAGUCAUCAGGUAGUAGCUCUGAUCCGAGAGACAGGGACAAUGGGGACGACGGGGAGGAAUAUGACGAGGAGGAGGAGGAAGAAGAUGCCCUCAGUGGUACGAAAGUGAGAGCGCCCUACCGGACAACAUGGGGGACAUUGGAGUAUCACAAUGCCAUGGUGGUGGGGGCAGAACCGUCGGAUGGAGAAGAGGCAAAAGUAAGAGUGCUCUACGUCUGCCCCACCCAGAAGUCUAUGAAACCCUGUCCAUACCACCUAGAGGACAAAUGCCGCUUCCUGGAGAAUUGCAGAUUUUCUCAUGGCGAGGUGGUGUAUGUGUCGGAGCUCAGAGAGUUCCUAGAGUUUGACCUCAGUAACCUUGAGGAGGGCUCCUGCUGCUUGGCUCGACAUGAGGACGGCAUCUGGUACCCCGCCAGAAUCACAGAUAUUGACAGUGGUUUCUACACUGUGAAAUUUGACUCGGUGCUGCUGAAAGAUGUUGUGGUCGAGGCCGACUGCAUCAUCCCGCCUCUGAGGGAAGACGACCCGCUCUCGUCUGAUUCUGACCUGGACGACACUGAAGACGGGCAUUUGGCUUUUGCGAAAGUUAUGGACACCGCUGUGGAAUCCACAGAAACGGUAAACAGUGCAAAUUUUGGUGGCUGGGAGGCGCAUACCAGAGGCAUCGGAUCAAAGCUUAUGCUCAAAAUGGGAUAUGAAUAUGGGAAAGGCUUGGGGAAGAUGCAGGAGGGUCGAGUGGAGCCGGUCAUGGCGGUGGUCCUUCCCAAACGCAGGUCUCUGGACCAGUGUGCCGAGCUCACCCACAGACGCACCCAGAGCAAGGUCUCCGAAGACGGCACCCCAAAGGGCCGCCGAAAGAGACGCAGGAAGCCUCGGGUGGCCACCGGAGGGCGCCGUACCGUAUUUGACUUUCUCAACCAGAAGCUCGAAGGCAAGAGCACUGCUCCUGUCAAGGAGGGGGCCGCCGCGGCGGCGGCGACGACGGCCACAGCGGCGGCAACAGGGGUGGAAGCUUACAGGGGGGGGAAAAGCACCAAGAGGACUCUGAACGUGAAGGUGUUCCAGGCCGCGGAGAGGGUGUCCCAGACCGAGAGGGAGAUCCAGAAACUGACCGACACACUCAGCAGACAGACGGGCCGGGACUCCUCCAGAGUGAAGCAGCUGGAGGAGAAGCUGUCGGCGGCUCGGCGGCUGCUGGCCCAGCAGAAAGCCCACGAGCUGUCCAUCCAGAGCGAGCACAGGAAGGCCGACACGCACAAGAAGAUGACGGAGUUUUAAGAUCGCUCGUCUCAUAAGACUCUGACGAUGAGGAGAAGCGCUGCCAGCCUGAAAUUAACUUUUGGCCCCCGAACCGUUGUCUUGUUUUUGCCAUAUAUUUUUAAGCAUCAUCUCUCGCCUCAACUUGGCUGUUAUGCCCAUUGUUUGCUGAACCUCCUUUCUGCUUGUCAUUAUAAAGAAUUCGAGGACUGUGCAGUUUUAUUUUGUGCGUACAGCUGUUGGGUUUCUUAUAUAUAUUUUAUUUGUGAUGAGCAUUUUGUGUUUUUCUUCAUCACGACUAAAAACCUUGUGUUUGGAGAAGCUCAUGUGCAUUCAUUCAUUUCAUUCUUUUCUCACUAUACCAUCAAAUGUUUUAUGUGUUCUUCGGUUUUACUUUUCAGAAGGAAAUUUGAAUAAUUCUAGCUUGAGGCUGCUCCUCUCUACCUUUUUCUUGCAUUUCAAACUGACUUUUAAAAACCUCAGGACUUUUAAAAGUCCUCCCAAUCUCAGGUGUUGGGAGACCUUUGCUCAGUUUUGAAGUGAAGCUCACGCCUCUUACCGGCUGAUACGCAGCAUCUUUGAAGCAACGACCAUAACCCUUUUUAUAAAAUAAUGAAUUUGGAGAGCACCUUGUCUGACGCACAUUGUGUGUAGGCGGUAUGUGGGUUGAGUGGGGACUGCAUCCAACUUUAGGUUGAGGUGUUAGAUUAGGUCAUACUUAUGAACAAUUUCUUUUUUUUUUAUGCGAUGCAGCAUAAAACGGAAAAAUACUGUAUUUGUUCAAUUUUUUUUUUAAUAAAAAGGCCUUUUUGAAGAAUCAGUAAGGUGGACAUUUAAAGUUCA